CCCCUCUCGCUGCUCUCGCUCCGCUGUCCCGGUAGUCAGGUCACCUCCCGCUGUGUGUGACUGCAGCUCCCGCUCCGCUGACAGCUCUCCCUCACUCCGGCUCCUGUCGGAUUCUCUGCUCCGUCGUGUGGAUGGAUUUGUUUUCUCUGGCGGACAUUUAACCACGCAGCACUGUACUGAGGCUUGUCCCGCUCUGACACAGUGACUCCAGACAGACUGGCUGAGAGACACUGAAAAAAAGAAGUGGGCCGAUAAAGAGAUAGGAGGACAGAGGGAGAAGUACAACCUCUCGCAGAGCGGUGGCCAGAGUGAGAGAAGAGCACAUGACGAGGGCGAACGGCUUCACAGCAGCAUCCUGACCGCGAGCCUCGCUCCUGCACCCGACCACGCGCCCGGCAGCACCAGCGAGCGGGCAUCAGAAGGAAGGAAACGUGCGCCCGCCCCUCCUGCAGGCAUGAGGUCGUUCCGGUCCUUCAGUAACGAUGACCGCCAUGUCAUGGCAAAGCACUCCACCAUCUACCCGUCUUCUCAAGAGCUGGAGGCAGUUCAGACGCUGGUGUCCACUGUGGAGUGUGCCCUCAAACACGUCUCCGAUUGGCUGGAUAAGAGCAGAAGUGACGUCGACAGCCAACCAGCAAACAGCACAGAGGAGGAAGACCGUAGAGAAGAGCCCAGCGAGGAACCAGUGGAAUCCAGUAACAGCUGCAGCAACAGGGAGUCCAGCAGCAGCGGUGGCGUGUUGUGUGGCGUGAUGAGGAUCGGCCUCGUGGCCAAAGGCCUCCUGGUUAAAGGCGACAUGGACCUGGAGCUGGUGCUCAUGUGCAAAGAGAAACCCACACAGACAUUGCUGGACACUGUCUGUCACCAUUUACCCACACAGAUCGAAAAAGUGACAGAAGAGAAAUAUGAAGUCAGGAGCUCCGCGCCAGAGGCAGCCAUCUUGGUACAAACUACGACAGAACCCAAACUCACGCUGAAGAUUACUCUCACCUCACCGACCAUGAGGGAGGAUGACGAUGAGGAGGAAGAAGAGGAGGAGCAGGAAGAGGAGGAGGAGGAGGAGCUGGAGCAGGAAGAGGCAGUGGAGAACGGGGAGGAUGGAGAAGAAGUGCAGGAGGAAGUAAAGGGGGAAGUAAAGGAGAAAGAGGAAGAGCAUGAGAAGAACGGGCAAGUGUUGGGUGCUGCUGCGCACAGAGUGGAGGCUGAGGAGGAGGAGGAGGGGGAGGUGCUGGAUAGACACAGAUGUCUGUUGGCCCUGGCAGCGCUGCGACACGCCAAGUGGUUCCAGGCUCGAGUGAACGGACUCAAGUCCUGCGUAAUUGUUCUCAGGAUACUUAGAGACAUGUGCAAUAGACACCCUGUCUGGGAACCUCUAAAAGGAUGGCCAUUAGAGCUCAUCUGCGAGAAGGCGAUUGCCACCUGCAACAGACCUCUCGGAGCGGGAGAAGCCCUGCGCCGAGUCAUGGAGUGUCUGGCCUCAGGCAUUCUGCUCCCAGGUGGUCCAGGUUUGCACGACCCAUGUGAGAAAGAGCCAACGAACACACUCACCAACAUGACCGACCAGCAGGCUGAAGCCAUUACCUUCAGAGCACAGCAUGCUCUCAGACUCAUGGCGUUCGGACAGAUCUACAAAGUGUUGGAGAUGGAGCCCCUCCCCUCAAAUAAACCAUCACAGAAAUACCCCUGGUCUGAUAAAGAAGGCUUGGGUCUGAAGAGACCAUACGAGGAUGGACUUAUGGACGACAAGGACCUCAUUAAGAAGAUGAAGAGGAAUCUGAGGAAAGUCUUGGACAGCAAAGCCAUCGACUCCAACCAGCCAAUGAACGCCCUGAUGCGGCUGAACCAGAUCCGGCCGGGGCUUCAGUAUCGCCUGCUGUCUCAGUCGGGCCCGGUUCACGCUCCGGUCUUCACCAUGUCGGUGGAUCUGGAUGGAACCAUCUACGAAGCAUCUGGAUCGUCCAAGAAGACGGCCAAGCUCCACGUCGCUGUCAAGGUUCUCCAGGCGAUGGGCUACCCGACGGGUUUCGACUCAGACCUGGACCCCAUGAGUUCAGAUGAGAAGUCGGACGGUGAAGGGAAGAGCGACACGUCCUCACACACGAGCAAUAACCCAACUCACACCUCAGACAGCUCCAACACACUGGAGGUGCGAACUCAGGGUCCCAUACUGACAGCAAGUGGGAAGAAUCCGGUCAUGGAGCUGAACGAGAAGAGACGAGGACUCAAAUAUGAGCUCAUCUCUGAAAGUGGAGGCAGCCAUGACAAACGUUUCAUUAUGGAGGUGGAGGUGGACGGGCAGAAGUUUCGCGGGGCAGGCCCCAACAAAAAGGUGGCAAAGGCCAGUGCUGCUCUAGCUGCCCUGGAAAAACUCUUCUCUGGUCCCAACGCAGCUGCAAUCAAGAAGAAGAAGAUACUGCCUCAGACUAAAGGAGCCCUGGCGGCGGCGGCAGCGGCCUCAGCGGUAGCAGCCCAGGUCGCCAGAGGAAGAGGAAGAGCAGCACUGGCGAGAGGACCCUUCGUCAGUGCAGCUGCACCUGGAUACAUCACGCAAGGCUUCGGGACGCCAUAUGGCUACAGCCCUGCUGCAGCAGCUGCUCCUGCAUACGGUUUGCCCAAGAGAAUGCUUCUGUUGCCUGUCAUGAAAGUUCCCGGCUACCCCGUCCCCCACUACCACUUCUUUUAGCCUUUCAGGAGACAUGCAAACCAAACGCACCUUUUUCUAGAAGGGAAACUCUGUCCGUUUGUAUUUUUCUACAAUAUCAGUGGAGGGGAGAGGAUUAAGGACUUGAGCUGGAGAUUUGUAAAAGAGCUUUUAUUUUUUUGCUUUUUAUUGCGUUUCUUUUUCAUACUGUUUCCAAAAACUUUUAAAUACUGCAGGUUUAAGCUCUUAAAUAAACUUGAAGGAUUUGUACUGUGAA